AUGGAACUUUCACAUGAACUUAUCAAACAUGGAAUCAAAGUCACAUUUGUGAACACUGAUUUUGUUCACAACCAAAUCAUGAAAUCUUUAGGAGAAAAAAGUGUAAUUGUGGGCAAAUAUAAUGAGAUUGAACUAGUCUCAAUCCCAGAUGGGUUAGAGAAUGUUGAUAAUAGAAAAGAUCUGGCAAAAUUGACUCAAUCAAUUUUUGAGGUAAUGCCUAAGAAGUUGGAAAUGCUCAUAGAAGAUAUCAACAAGAAAUGUGAGAGCAACAAAAUAACUUGUUUGGUGGCAGAUGAAACCUUUGGAUGGGCACUUGAAGUUGCAAAGAAGAUGGGAAUAAAAGCAGUUGCAUUUUGGCCUGCAUCAGCUUCAAUAUUGGCCUUGCAAUUCAACAUCCAAAAUCUUCUUGAUGAUGGACUCAUUGACAAUGAUGGACAACCUAUAAAAGAUGAGACAAUUAAGUUGUCAACCAUGAUGCCUCCUAUGAGGACCAAAGAAUUUGUUUGGGCAUAUUUGGGUGACAAGACCACAGAAAAAAUGGUUUUUCACUAUAUGAAAGGGAACAAUAAAAGUGUGAAAUUUGCAGAUAAAAUCAUUUGCAACACAACUUAUGAGCAUGAGUCUACAACACUUGAUUUUGUCCCACAAAUCAUACCAAUAGGUCCACUUCUAGCAACAAACUACGUUGGAUCCAUAACUGGGAAUUUUUGGCAAGAAGACUCAACUUGUUUGAAUUGGCUUGAUCAACAAGAAACCAAUUCAGUCAUUUAUGUUGCUUUUGGAAGUUUCACUGUCUUUGAUCACACUCAAUUGCAAGAACUUGCAUUUGGACUUGAACUAUCUAAUAGACCUUUUCUAUUGGUUAUAAGGCCAGAUAUCAACAAUGGAGAAAACCAAUCUUUUCUUGAAGAAUUUGAAGAAAGAGUGCGAAAUCGCGGAAAAGUGAUUCAAUGGGCACCUCAACAGAAAGUUCUUAGCCAUCCUUCGAUUGCUUGUUUCAUAAGUCAUUGUGGAUGGAACUCUACAAUGGAAGGUACAACAAAAGGAGUAUCAUUUCUAUGUUGGCCUUACUUUGCUGACCAAUUUUUUAAUCAAACAUUAAUAUGUGAUGUUUGGAAAGUUGGAUUGAGACUUGAUCCAGUUGGUGGAAUCAUUACUAGAGAAGAAAUAAUAUGUAAGAUCAAGAAACUGCUUCAAGGUGAAGAAUUUAAAGUAAGGGCUAUGGAAUUAAGAAACAUGGCCAUCAAUAAUAUUAAAGAAGGUGGUAGAUCAAGCAAAAACUUGAAUGAUUUUGUUGACUGGAUAAAAGCAUAA